AUGUUCUCCCUGCGGCAGCUCCCGGCCCCGCCGCCCGACCGCCGCUACCGCCCGGCCGGUGCCCCGCAGCCGGCCUCGGUGACCGAAGAGGAGGACUUGGGGGACGAUGGCCCUCAGAAAGCGGCCCCCACUAAAAGUCUCCGUCUGUACCUGCUGGUCCUCGUUCCCGGUGUCUGUGCCCUUGCCCUCCUUCUGGCCACCCUGCUGCCCACCCUGCUGCCUUUUGUGGGUUCAGGGGAAGAGGCUUGUCAGAACUCCAGCGGGGAAGCCUGGCGGGUCUCCACAGGGCCCAGCCCGGGCCGCGACGUCCCACGAACAAACCUGCUGCCUGGUGACCCCAGUGGGGUGAUGCUGGGGGACCCCCACCCCCAAGCCAAAGCUGGGACCACCGCCCCUCUCGAGUACCCCACUCACAGCGACUUAAGACCACUGGGAAGCCUUCUGUGGAACUCCUCAACACCCUGGUUGCCGGUCACCGGGACGCCUUUGGCCGAUAGCUUCCAGUCGCUACCUGGUGACAAAGAGGAAACUGACAGGCCCACUCCACCCUCCAGCAAGUUCUCAAGCAGUGUGAUCUCCUCGACUGCUGUCCUAGAGGUGGCUCUGAAAAAAGGGGCCUGUGUCAACAUCACCACCAGCCACUGCCGGAUCCUGCCGUACAACCGCACCACCCUGACGUCGACCCUGUCCCUCGGUCGUGGCGUAGAGUUGGCCAAGUUCCUCAAGUUCUUCAGCUACCUCGGCCACCUCGACUGCUAUCGACACAUCAUGCUGUUUGGUUGCAGCCUGGCCGUUCCCCAGUGUGUCGGGGAUGGUGAUGACAGCCAGGUCCUCCUGCCCUGCCAGUCCUUCUGCGAGGCCGCAAGAGAAGGCUGUGAGCCCAUCCUGAAGUUGGUAAACUCCUCGUGGCCGGAGCUUCUCCGAUGCUCCCGGUUUCCAAACGGAACUGGAAGCGACAGCGUUGAUAAGGCCUGUUUUUCACCAAAGCCAGAAGGAGGAAAACAAGGGAUGUGUGGAGGAGGAGGAAAGGAGGAGAGUUUUGCCUGUGCCAGCGGGCUGUGCCUGCCCCAGAAGCUGCGCUGUAACGGCUACAACGACUGUGGGGACUGGAGCGACGAGGACCGCUGCAACUGCAGCGAAGGCCUGUUCCACUGCCGGACGGGGAAGUGUCUCAACGCCAGCUUUGUUUGCGAUGGAUAUGACGACUGUGGCGACCUGAGCGACGAGCAGAGCUGCGCCUGCAGCUCAGGGAUGGAGCAUCGCUGUGGAGACGGACGAUGUGUCUCAAUGGCCUGGGUGUGCGACGGUGACCAUGACUGCGCCGACAAAUCUGAUGAAGUCAACUGCUCGUGCGUGAGCCAGGGGCUGGCCGAGUGCCGCGACGGCCAGUGUGUCCCUGGUGCUUUCUGGUGCGACGGUGACCAGGACUGUGGGGACGGCAGCGACGAGGAAGAAUGCGGCGACCUCCAGGGCCAGGCUCCGUGCCCAGAGGGGGACCUGCCUUGCCACCUCAGCCCCUGUCCUGGUUCCUGUCCCGGCCUUUGUCACGGGGGCAGCAAGACCGGCUGUGGACAAUGUGAACCGGUGACGCUGGAGCUAUGCCUGAAUGUGCCCUACAACCACACCCGCUUCCCCAAUUUCCUGGGCCACCAGACACAGAAGGAAGCCUCGGUCAGCUGGGAGGCCUCCAUGUUCCCAGCACUCCUGCAGACCCACUGCUACAAGUUCCUCAUGUUCUUUGCCUGCACCAUCCUGGUCCCGGAGUGUGACCUCACCACCGGUCACCGCCUCCCGCCCUGCAGGGUCCUGUGCGAGCAGGCCAGGGAGGGCUGCGAGUCCGUGCUGGGGGUGGUGGGGCUGCAGUGGCCCGAGGACGUGGACUGCACCAAGUUCCCGGACACACGCUCCUCCAACGAGACCUGCCUGGUGCCUGGCAAAGAUGUGCAAGAAUGCUCGCCCAAGCAUUUCCAGUGCCGGUCGGGCCGGUGCGUGUUGGCGGGCAGGAGGUGCGAUGGCCAGGCUGACUGCGCAGAUGGCAGCGACGAGGAAGACUGUGGCUGCAGUGUGAGGGGGCUGUGGGAGUGUCCAGCCAGCAAGCUGUGCAUCCAGCCCACAAUGGUCUGCGACGGCUUUCCCGACUGCCCCGACCAGAUGGAUGAGAGAAACUGCUCACGGUGCCAAGAGGAUGAGCUGGAAUGUGCCAACCAUGCCUGCGUGGCCCGGGACCUGUGGUGUGAUGGUCAGCAAAACUGUGCGGACAGUUCAGACGAGUGGGACUGUGUGACCCUGUUGAAGGCCGGGGACUCUCCAACCUUCCUGACCAUCCGCCGCUCGGCCACUGACCACGACGUAUGUGCCGACGAGUGGCAAGAGCCAUUGAGUCACCUGGCCUGCCAGCAGAUGGGUUUAGGGGAGGCAUCCAGGACAGAGAUGGUGCGGGGAGCAAUCCCACGGGAGUCGGGCCAGUGGUUGAACCUGCUCUCAGACUGGCAGACCAGAAGAGGAAACACCACGAGGCUGAGGAUGCCACUGCAAGGGCUUCUGGGUGUAGGGCAGCCCUGUCAGAGCCAAAGCAAGGUUUCCCUUCUCUGUGCCCAACAAGACUGUGGGCGCCGCCCCAUGGCACGGCUGAACACCAGGGUCGUCGGGGGCAGAACCAGCCGUCCCGGGCGCUGGCCGUGGCAGUGCUCCCUGCAGACGGAGCCUGGCGGGCACAUCUGCGGCUGUGUGCUCAUCACCGAGAGAUGGGUCUUGACUGUCGCUCACUGCUUUGAGGGGAGAGAGACGUCCACCCUGUGGAAAGUGGUCCUCGGCCUUGGCAACCUGGACCAGCCGUCUGCCCACACGCAGACCCGGAUGGUGAAGACCGUUGUGCUGCACCCCCGCUACAGCCAAGCUGUGGUGGACUACGACAUCAGCCUCGUGGAGCUCAACGAGGACGUUGGUCAGACCAACUACGUGCGGCCCGUCUGCCUGCCCAGACCGGGGCAGCUGGUGGAGCCGGACACCUACUGCUCCAUCACAGGCUGGGGGCACGUGGGUCACAAGAUGCCGUUCAAGCUCCAGGAAGGAGAAGUGCGGAUCAUCGCCUCAGAGCAGUGCCAGUCCUUCUUCGAUGUGAAAACCGUCACAGCAAGGAUGCUCUGUGCAGGCUUCGAGGCUGGCACAGUCGAUUCCUGCAUGGGGGACAGUGGGGGGCCGCUGGUCUGCGAGACCUCUGGAGGGAGGUGGACGCUGUUUGGCCUGACUUCCUGGGGCUCAGUCUGCUUCUCCAAGCUCGGGGGUCCCGGUGUUUACAGCAACGUCUCCCAUUUCAUCCACUGGAUUCAACAUCAGCUGUACAAACACACCUUCCUGCUCCACUGAGUCCCAGAGAAGGUGGGCGCAGGGCGGCUGGCCACCCGGGGCCUUGCCCUGACUUGGUUUGGUUUACUCGGACUCCCCCAAACCCAGCGGGUCUUUUCCUACCCCCUAAACUGGGGCCGGCUGGCCUGGGGAAGGAACAGAACCCGAGAAGAGCCGGGAGACCUGAUGGUCCCAGAGAGGGGAAGCUGCCGCUGCCCUCCAGCCUAAGAAAAAGCCCUGGCCCACUUGCUCAUGCAGGUGAGCUGCAGCUGGUGCAGGCCAAAAGGGUGCCUGUCCCACCCAUGCCUAUCAGUCCAGCUGGGAGAGGAAGGAGUGAGCAGAGCUGGAGGAGUCAUCUCAUGCAGGAGGCCUGGCUGCCAAUACAACCUGCCUUGGAAACCCGUUUGUUGGGGGGUUGCUGAUGCUCAGUAUGAGAGGACAGGCAAUCCGGGGUUGUGGGGGGAGGCGGGGAUGUUGCGCUAAGGCCUACUCGAAUGGUAGGGGCUGGGAGGUGGGGGUACCUAACUGGUUGAAAGCAGGGCCCACUCCAGCACCCACAACUCUCCCUGAACACCACCCUUUUAGGGCCGGCUUGGCCCUAGCGGCAGCUCUCAGUGGCUUGGACAGCCCGGAGCUGGUUCUGGGAGUGAGGCAGGUGUGGUCCAUAGCAGGGGCUGGGAGCUUGCCCAGAGACCCAGGUUAUGGGUGGCAACGAGUUCCCAGGAUCAUUGGGCUCUGUUUGACCCCAGGUUUGAGGACAGUCACAAUGCUUUGAAAAGCUUUCCAAAGUGUUCUAGCUGCAGUCUCUUCUGGCCCACACACCACAAAAAUAAACAAACCAAAAAACUGAACCCACCUGUUUUGAGCUGCACCUCCACAGUUCUGAUCUUGAGCAAAUCUUCCAAGAGCUUCAGAUAAUUUCCCUUCUCGGCAGUCCUUUAAAAAGAGGAGGAUCAGGACCUAGCUGCAAGAGUUUGCCCCAUGACCAGUGUCUCUGGUCCUCGGUCUGCCCUUGCCCCCGGGAGACAUGCACUCCCAUCGAUGAGCUUUUCCCCAGCUCCCAGCUCACGCACAGGAAGACAGCCGCAGCUCCAAAGAUGCUUAAGAUCCCUUCCACGGGUUUGGGCUGACGAGGCCAGGCCAACUGCAGGACCAGACGUGGGGUCAGGAGUGAGGCAGAGGGGCAAAGAACGAGCUUGGCCCUCUGCAGCAAGGAGAGGGCCAGAAGCAGACUUUUCCCGGCCUCAGUUUCCUCCCUCUGGGAAUACAUAGGUGCAGGUCUAGGCUAAGCACUUGGUGUGAUUGACAAACGUGGCACUCUGUGUUAAUAAAAUUGAUUUUAUUCAAUUUUA